AUGACCCUUUCACGUUCACGUUCCUCCGUCUCGUCGAUCGAUAUUUGGUACGCGUUCACUGUGUUGGGGGUGCCGUCCAUUAUCGCGCCUUCGACGGAGCCAUCUCUCCUUUCUACAGCUCGCUCACCACCACCGGUCCUAGUGAGAAACCCGUGUCGCCAUGUGGAUACCCCUGCCGCCUUCGCCUUCACCGCCACCUCCACCGAGAGGUGCCUUCCAGAGACGAUUCUGUCUGAGGCUCCGAGGGCGGUUUUGACUCACGACGUUAACCCUUUGUUGCAAUAG